GAAAUACACAUAUUUUACCAGGGAAAUAACCAACAACCGAGAAUUUCGCUGUUCAUUGGUAAGGUUUAGAGGUAGGCUUAUGUGUACGGUGAGUAUAGAUGCAAAAAUUAAUCAGAAUAGUGUGUGGGAAUGUGAGGAGGGUGACACCACCAAGUGGGCCAAGUGACAGCUGAGCCAUUUGGCAGUCAUAGCUCCUCAGAGGGGAGCUGUGCCCAAAGUGGGGAGGUGUUGCCUGGAGUCAGCCUUGGGAACCCUUCUGGAGUCUCCUGGUCCCGCAGAGCUGUGCAGCAGAGCCCUCGGGUAAGGUCCGACCCAGGUACCUGAAGGAGGAGGCCAAGGAGCCGCAGUGGAAGUCUGUCAGUUCCGUCCUGUAAAUUCGAACCCUACCAGGAAGCAACAGGACUUUCAUAUCAUAAACCACAGCUGGCAGACCAAAGACCUUUACUGACAUGCUCUGAAUUUAUUCUUGUGAUAAACAGAAUAGUGAGAGUGCAGGCACCUUACCAUGUACUAGGCAAAAAUUUGAGCCUCUGAUCCAUGGCAGAAAACAACAUAAGGCUUUCAGAGGUAACCAGACAUUUCAUUCCAGAAAAUGUUUUCAGAUACCUAGAUUUUAGAACUUCGAACAGAAGCUGGACUAUAAUCUUCAUGGGGACAAGUGCCCUGUGGGUUAUUGUACAUACUAUUUCGUUAAAGUUUAGUGAAGGCAAAAAAAAAAAAAAAAAAAAAAAAAUGUCACCUGUCUGCUUUUCCUUCUCUUUUCCAGAAGUUUUAAGCAGAGAUGAAGAUGUUUUACCUGGAUCCUCUGGGUUGCCCCAAGGCCAUGGCCAGAUGGCAGCAGAUGCAAACUCAGAAUACUCCUGUGUGUCUGCAGACAGUGUCAUUCCCCAUGAAUUCAAGACAACCCAAGAGGAUGCAGCCCAUCCUAAGUCCUAUACCGUGGUCCCUCCUGGUGGUGAGGUAGCAGAACAACAAUCCUCUCCCUCACAGUACUUCUCCUGUUUCUCAUUCUUAUCUGAGGUCAUUCGUGCUAAUGAGGAUGAAGUUUUAAACACAUCUGAAGAUGUUUUACCUGGACCCUCUGAGUUGGCCCAAGGCCAUGGCCAGAUGGCAGCAGAUGCAAAGUCACAAUACUCCUGUGUGCCUGCAGACAAGCUCGUUCGCUGUGAGGAAGACUCAAGAGGAUGCGGCUCAGCCUAACUCCUCUGCCUCACAGUACUUCUCCUGUGUCUCCUCUCUAUCUAAGCUGAUUCCUGCUAAUGAGGAUGAAUUCAAGACCACCCAGGAGGUCGGAGCCCAUCCCAAGUCCUCUGCCGUGGUCCCUCCUGGUGGUGAGGCUGCAGAAGAAUCAUCUGCCUCAUCCUACUACACCUGUUUUUCUUCCAUAUCGCAAAUCAUUAGGGCUAAUCAGGAUGGAGCUCCUCAAACAGACCAGCUUGUUUCUUGUUCCAAGAAAUGUGAGACUUCCUCACACUUUCUAUAUAGCUCCUUUACUUUGCAGCUGGCUAAUGAUCCUAAGCCUUCUGUGUCCUCUGCAAACACAGAAGAGGAAACAUUCAUGAAUGUCUACUAUAUGAAUGUAAGAACAAAAAGGGGUGUGGCUGUCCUCAAUGAUGAGCAAGAAAGCCUGGAGCCUCCUACCAAAAAAACAAAAAAAGAAAAAAAGACCUUUUCUGAUCUCCAGGGAGCAGUCACCCCCUCUUGCACUACUAAGGAGCCACCAAUUUGCAGUGCAUCCAGGCAGACAAUAGAAGAGCAGGAGAAAGGGAAGGAGGCUGACAGUCCACCAGUGCCUCCAGCUGCCGAGGAAUAUCCCAGGGCCAAGACGCCUGAAUGGCUCGUGAGCCUGGAUAGUGGCUUCAGGUGCAUGGCCUGCUGCCGGGUCUUUCCUAGCUUGGAGGUCCUCCAGGAACACGUGAAGCAUGGAGUCCGUGAGGGCUUCAGCUGCCAUACUUUCCAUCUGACCUUGACUUUGCUGGAGAGAAAGAAAAGGGUAGAGAAGGAAAAGAGUAGGCAGACAAAGAAUACUAAGAAUACUGGCAUAUAG